AUGUUAACCAUAACAGACCCCUGUGCUGAGGUCAAUUGUACUGAUGGAGAAUGGUGUGGAGAGAAAGACGGAAUCUACGGCUGUUUGUGUAGCCAUCCCAAAUCUAAUCCUGACUCUUACGAUUCCGUUGAAAUUUGCGAGAGCAGUUCUGGCUUUUUCUCUCUGUCCCGUUGUCAGCUUUUUGAGGAUGGUUUUUCUACUGAAGUCUUGCACCUCCGUGAUCCUAGUUGCAAAGGAACGGUCCAAGAUGGCAGAGUGGAGUUUCGUUUUGAUAACAAUAAUUUGUGUGGUACAAAUCUUGUGGCGAAUGGCACCCACUUCAUCUAUGAGAAUGUUAUUUUGGGGAAUGUGAAAUCAACUCAACUCAGCAGCAGGAAGAGUUAUCUGAAUUUGACUUUUUCCUGUAUAUAUUCUCAAACGCAAACCUUUUCCAUGAAUGCACAAAUCAACCCUCUGGAGAGCUAUUUGCACAAGACGAUUCCUGCAGGUCAAGGCACAUAUAGGGUCAGGAUGGUUCCAUAUCAGGAUCCGCAAUUCUCUCAACCCUUUAAUGGCAGUGUGAACAUUGAGGUGAACCAGCUGGUUUUUGUGGAAAUUAAUGUUGAUGAAAUUGAUGGGCAACAGUUUGCAUUGCUAAUCGACACAUGUUGGGCAACUCCUGUGAAUGACCCUCUUUAUCAUGUCCGAUGGGACCUGAUUAUUGGAGAGUGCCCUAAUUCAAAAGAUGGCACAGUUGAUCUGGUGCAGAAUGGUGUGUCCACAUCAAGCCGUUUCUCCUUCAGGAUGUUUACCUUCACUGAAACUUCUGAAAUCAUCUUCUUGCAUUGUUCCAUUCACCUUUGCCUUUUAAAGGACAAUGACUGCUCAGCGCACUGUGCGUCUUAUAGAAGACGGAGGUCUGUGGAUUUCUAUGAUAGCUCGUCCAUAUCUAUGGGUCCUCUGAAGUGGCCUUUAAAGACAACAGACACAUGGGUGACAGACCGAGUGGAUGUAUCUAGAGCCUCAGCUCUUUGUGGUUCUUUGGUGGCUUUGUUUAUCUUUGUCUUUAGCAUCCAUAACCUCUUAUAGUACAUUUGAACAACAAUAGAAAAUAUUUAAUAGAUUUGCUUAAAAUUCUACACUUUAAAUAUUCCUAAUUGUAAUGGGGCCUGAAAAUCACUUGACAUUGUUAAAUCCCCUUCCCACAUUUC